AUGUCAGGGGGUCUCAGCACGCCGAAUGCGCGGCCACCGCAAUCAAAAUCAAUGUCUUCCCGACUGCUGAACAUGAAGUUCAUGCAACGCGCCGCAGUGUCACAACCAUCGACACCAUCCUCCGAGCCAGCUCUUAAGCGCAGAAAGACCAAUGACACCAGCGCCGCAUCCUCUCCCUCGGUGUCUUCCACGCCCGGCACACCCUACGGAUCAGAGAUCAAAUACGCCCAACAACCACCUACAACACUCCCGGAGAUUUUGAGGAGAGUAGGAACCAGCAAUUUCUCACGAGCCGAAGGUGCAGACACGGAAUGGGUGUUGGAUGUAAAGAUAACUCCACGCCAGCAGGCAAAGCCAAAGCCUAUGAACGACGCAAACGGCAACGGCAACUCCAAUGGCUCCUCUGGAAUUCCAGGUCUAGGCGAAGUCGAAUCCGACCAAGACGACGACGAUGACGAGGAUUCGGAGGAAGACAUCUGGCACGAUCAACCCGCAGGCCGGCAGACAUAUGGAGCAUUCAAGCCCAAAGGUGCCGGCGACAGCAAGGAAAAGUCCAAGAAGACAAAACAACCGAAGCCCAAGAAGGUCCGUAUCGACGAUUUCGGACAAUACGACGAACCACCCAGCACGGAACCCGACUCCGACGGUUCCGCCGACUCCGACUCCGACGCCGACAGUGACCCAUCAGCCUCCGCAGACGACGAAGACGAAGACAACGAGAAAAACACAUAUGCGCGCCAACGCCGGCAGAAGCAGAAACAGCAACAGCGCGACAGCGGAGGAGCCGGUGUCAAGACCAAGAAAUCAUCCAGGAAAUCGACCGCUGCCGAAGAUUCCGACGAAGAGAUGCGCCGCGUCCGCCUGGAGAUGGAGCAGAAGCACGAUCGGAUGGCCGGCCUCGGUGGUGGACGCGGUGGACUUGGCGGUGGUGGGAAUGGACUCAAGCGGCCUCGACGCGCUGACGACCACCAUGUGUAUAACACCGACUACAAGGAUCGCGCGCGGGCGAAGAAACCGCGGAAGACGAUUUGA